UACAUCAACUAAGGAGUGGGAAACAAAGUUCGUGGGAGGAUUAGGCAGCAAGAGAUUUGGGUUCAAGGGAUUAUAGAGUAAUGGAUCUGAAAAUGGGAUUUGGGGGAUUUAAUUUUAAGAGGUGAGCAAUGGGGCUGGUCGGCUGGGUGAGGAUUGCAUGAAUUUUGGAAAAGUGGAGGAGAGAAACCAGCAAAGAGUGCAUUGGAGAGGGCGGUGCAUUAGGGAGAAGCAAAUUUUUGGAUGGUUUUUGGUUGAUUUUAAGAGGGGAACCAGUUAGGGCUAGGAAGAAAACCCCGUGAUUAGCUAGUGUUUUGGCUAAUGUUUGGAAGUGGCAGUACUGUUCACGUCGUGAGCACUGUUCACUGGGUACUGUUCACACACCGAGGGUUAAUGAUUAACGGGGAUUUAAGGUUUAGUUUGUGAUAUAAGAAUGAAAUUGGAGAUGUUCGGUUAUGUGGAGAUUGAUAGAAAUAGCACUGUGAUUGGGGGUAGUGUUGAUGAUGAUUUCAGUUUGAAUUUAUGGUAGUUCGAUAUUAAUUCUUGGAAUAUUGUGAUUAGGUUUUGAUCGUUCUGUCACCGUAGCACUUGGGUUAGCCUUCUGUUCUGUGCGAGUGAGGUAACGAAACUGAGGACGGGGAAAUCGAGGGGAGUGACGAAUUAGAAGGCUAGCCAUUCAAUUGGGGUAUAAGUUUUAGAUUUUAUCAUCCUUUUGUAAGGUUGAUUUUAUUCUUGAGAUUUUGUGAAUUGGAUAAGUUCCGAGCCUUGUGUAUUUGUGGGACCCGUCUCACGAGUGCACGGCGUCUGUCGCGCCUCGGAUUUGGGUUC